ACUGUCUGUCUAGUCAGUCUAGUCAAAAAUAGACCGACCUGCUGGCUGUGAAAACCAUAUUCCACUCUGGUCUCCGUGGUCCACAGCUCCGCUCGCUGCAGUGUUAAGUCGACAUUUUUUUAACAUGAAUCCCGCUGCAGCAAACAGCUUUAGACAGUCUAGGACGGAAAGCGAUUUUCCACCGCGGAGGCGACAACAAGUGAGCUAGCUAGCUGCUCCGCCGCUGACGACCGUCUGUGCUCCGCUCGGCGUCUCCUCCGCUAGUUACCGUUUAGUCAGACAGGUAAACGCGGAUGAACAGGUGAUCUCUGCACACUGACACGGCUUCAAGUCGAGCCGCUCGACGGCGAGCAAGCAAAUCUCUAUUUUUUUCCUCCCGGUGUGGAAGAUCCACCUGUCUCCGUUGCAUAUAAGCUAAAAUUAGAGUCUUUUUUUUCCUCCAAAACCAUGGCCUGUAGUUUCCUAAAUACGGACGAGUCGUCUCCUCCGGCUCUGACAGACCUGUGCCUGACCCAUGUGAGUCAGAACCUGGACUGUUUCUGUGCGAAGCGUCCUGAUGGCUCGCUGUGCUUCAGAGAGGCUGUCCUCUUCCCCCAGGAGCUGGCCGACCAGCUGCUGGCCAAGAUGGCCACUGAAGGUCUGUUGAAUGACAGCACGGUGGGUGUAUUUCGUAACUGUGAAUACCUGCGUCUGAGGCGAGCCUGCCUCCGUACGGCCCGUAUCUCUGCCGAGGCCUUCCAGAAAGCCCUCUGCCCUCACAGACUGCUGGAGCUGGAUGCUGCCCGGGUCAAUGCUGACCUCACUAUCCCUGAUAUCCUACAGGGACUGGCCACCAAUAAAUACUGCCAGGAGUCCCUCCAGCGACUUGUCUUAACAGGUCUCACCAUGUCAUCUCUGGAGGAACCAAUCCGAUAUCGCUUCAGCUCCCUGCAGGGCCUCCGCUCCCUCUCUCUAGCCAACGUAGACUUCUACGACUCCGGGCUUGUCGAAGUGUGUUCCCUGCCUCGACUGGAGAGCCUGGAUCUCUCCAACACGUCGGUCACCAACCUGAGCCCGCUGCUGGGCCUGAAGGAGCGGCUGCGCUCGCUCACUCUGCACCAGCUGAAGAGGCUGGAGAUGAGCACCGCGCAGCUGCUGGGAGUCAUCGGCCAGCUGGACGUCCUGCAGCACCUGGACAUCAGUGAUGAUAAGCAGUUCACUUCUGACGUGGCUCGUCAGCUGCUGGGACAGCCAGGGAUCCUGCCCGCGCUGGUUUCCCUGGAUGUGUCAGGAAGGAAACAGGUGACAGAUGCAGCUGUUAAGACUUUUGUUGAGGAGAGACCAGGGAUGACCUUUAUGGGUCUUCUGGCCACAGAUGCUGGAUUUUCUGACUUCCUCUCUGGAGAAGGAAACCUAAAGGUAACAGGAGAAGCCAAUGAGACCCAGAUCUGUGAGGCCCUGCGUCGCUACAGUGAGAGGGAAGGUUUUGUGAGAGAGGCUCUGUUCCACCUGUUCAGCCUGACACACGUCAUGGAGAAACCCAGGCCCGACAUCCUCAAGCUGGUGGUUUUGGGUAUGAAGAAUCACCCCGCCACUCUGAAUGUCCAGCUGGCAGCCAGCGCCUGUGUGUUCAACCUGACCAAGCAGGACCUGGCAGCAGGGAUGCCGGUCCGACUGCUGAGCACCGUCACCCAGCUGCUGCUGGAGGCCAUGAGGACGUUCCCCAACCACCAACAGCUGCAGAAGAAUUGCCUGCUGUCUCUGUGCAGUGAUCGCAUCCUGCAGGAGGUUCCAUUCAACAGGUUCGAAGCUGCCAAACUGGUGAUGCAGUGGCUCUGCAACCAUGAAGACCAGAACAUGCAGAGGAUGGCUGUGGCCAUCAUUUCCAUCCUGGCGGCUAAGUUGUCCACAGAGCAGACAGCUCAGCUGGGAGCAGAGCUGUUCAUAGUGAAGCAACUGCUCCACAUCGUGCGUCAGAAGGCCACUCAGGGCGUGGUGGACGCCACCCUCAAGUUCACACUGAGCGCUCUCUGGAACCUCACUGACGAAUCACCAACGACAUGCCGCCAUUUUAUCGAGAACCAGGGCCUGGACCUCUUCAUUAAGGUUCUAGAGUCCUUCCCCAACGAGUCCUCUAUCCAGCAGAAGGUUCUGGGCCUGCUGAACAACAUUGCGGAGGUUGGGGAGCUGCACGUGGAGCUGAUGGUGCAGGGCUUCCUGGACCACAUCAGCACCCUGCUGCACAGCCCGGAGGUGGAGGUCAGCUACUUCGCCGCGGGGAUCCUCGCACACCUGACGUCACGAGGAGAGGAAGCCUGGACGCUCAGCUCCGAGCUGCGAUCCUCGCUGCUGGAGCAGCUGCAUGAUGUCAUUAUGAAGUGGCCGGCGCCGGACUGUGAAAUGGUGGCCUACAGGUCAUUUAACCCCUUCUUCCCCCUGCUGGAGUGCUUCCACACCCCGGGUGUGCAGCUGUGGGCGGCCUGGGCCAUGCAGCACGUCUGCAGCAAGAACGCCGCGCGCUACUGCAGCAUGCUGCUGGAGGAGGGCGGCCUGCAGCAGCUGGAGCUGGUUCACACUCACCCACAGACACACAAAGAUGUCAAACUGUUGGCCAAGAGCAUCCUGGAGAGCCUGCAGCGCCACAGAGCACGCACCGGGCAGCCUGCACACAAGUCCCCGCCCUCCACUACAGUAGCCUCACAGAGAAAAUGAGGCCCCUCCCCCCCGACCAGGAGCAGGACAUAAGUUGGGUCCCACCACAGAGAGGAUUAUGUAUGUUUGUGUGUGUGCAUGUGUGUGUGUGUGUGUGUGUGUAUAUGCAUAUCCCACGCACAAACACACUUUAUCAAGAAUCCUAAGAAACGUUACAGGACAAAGACUACGAGAUUCUUUGCACACAAACUUUAUUUAUUUUCUUUGUAAUUGUUCCCAAAAAACGAUUAUUUCUGUGUGCUAAUAUUGUGAUAAAAUAAUUAAAUUAUGAGAACAAUUGUUGGUCAGUUAAGCUAAAAUCUCAACAUGAGGUUCAUGUCUGUGCUCGCUCAUUAGUCUGACAUCAUGAUGAUUUUUGUACCAAAAAAAAAAAAAAAAACUCAUCAGUGCACACGUACACUACUGGUCAAAAGUUUUAGAACACACCAACUUUUCCAGAAUUUAAUUGAAAAUUAUGCAGUUUAAUGUCUCAGUGUACUCUGAAAUUAAUGCACAUUUGCAACAUUUAAAAUUCUUUAUUGAGCAUGAUAGUUUUUGAAAGUAAAAAAAGAUUCAAAAUCACAUUUUAUGUUGGACUAAAGGACUAAAAAAAGACACCAAAAGACACAAAAUGACUAAAAAAAGACACAAAAUGACAAAAAAGACACCAAAAGACACAAAAUGACUAAAAAAAGACACAAAAUGACUUACAAAGACAUGAAAAGAAUUCAAAAAUGGACAAAAUAGCCCAAGACUCCAUAGAGUUAAGUUGUUAACCCAUUUCUUGUUCCCUGAAAAAGGCCUACUUUAUAAUUCUGAAAUGUACAUUAUUUUUCAGUUUUGGUUAACCUUACCUUUUUUUAUUUACCUCUGGCAGUUCACCACUUACCUUCGUACCCUUUCAAGCUGUUCAUUUGACUUGAACUGCUUGAAUUUCAAUAAAAAACUGGAAAAAUUGGAGCGUUCUAAAACUUUUGACCGGUAGUGUACAAAUCUCUGUUUAGGACUAAAAGCCUAAAAGCUCCAGUGAGGGCCGAGGCCCUCUGGCUCCUGUAUGUUACUGAAGGCUCUGGUUGUCUGAACUGGUCCAUUAGCUCAUUAGAUAUACGCAUGACACUGCUGUGAGCUCAAGCAUGCUGGAGUUUGUCUGAAUGCUUGUACUGUUCAUUUUAGGAAAUGCCUGCUUGUUUGUUUAUAGCAGUGUUGUGUUCACUGAAACCCCGAGCCUCUGGCUGCUCAAAACAGCCUCUUUAUUUAGUCUUUUAUCAGCCUUUGAUUUGAUAUGACAGGACACUUGCCCAGGGUGUUCAGUGGGUUCAAAACAUUAAAAAAAAAACCUAAAUUAUAGAGAAGUUAUAACUCUUUAAAGUGCCCCGGUGCAUUUUUUUAAACGUCUGACAGCCCUAACUCUGUCGUAUCGGUGGCGAAAAAAGCAGCUGUAAAUCAGAAGAUCCAGAGUGUAAAUCAAAUAUAAGUUGGAAUGAGGCCAUCAGUUAUGUCUGUUUAACUGCAAGUGUCCUCUUUGGACCCAAAUGGCAAUAACGAUGUGGUCAGUAUAGUCAUGAUGGAUGUACAUGUGUAUUGAGUCUUUUCUCUUUGAGAAACGUGUGUAUAUAUUAUUGGUAUGUUCGCUGUGCUUUCCAAUGAGACGGAGACGGUGUGAGCAUGUGUGUAUGUACGUCUGUACAAGUAGCUGCAUCUUAAAGAGUGUUUGUAAUUUGUAUAUAAAAGGAAAUGAGAGAGAGAGAGAGAUAGUAACUGUUUGUUCAGGACUGGCUGAAUUGGCUGCAUGGAAGUUAAUGUUCCAACAUGGUCUCACAGAAAUCCGUGAAAUAGCCACGGAUUGUUCUGACCGCUGGGACCUUGAAAGUUACGUGACUUGGAACAAAACAAUAGCCACGGGAUAUGACUGUCAUUAACUUGCAUUCUAGCGAAAUCCGUGUCAGUUUCACGGAAAUUUGAGUGAUUCCGUGGCUAAUCCACGGAUUUUGAGUUAAGCGAAAUCCGUGGCUAUUUCACGGAUUUCUGUGAGAUCAUGUUGGUUUGUUCCAUCGUUUGUGUAUCUGAGAAUUAUGAUUCGGAACAAAGCAAACGGAGAAGAAAUGCUGUUUACCCGUACAGAGUGAGGGGGAAUUAGCUAUUAGCCUUUUUCUGUACUGAAAUUACUUUAGUAUCUUCAAGGAUGCCAUUUUACCAGGUGGUUGACCCGGACCUCCACAUGAUCCUUUUUCAUCUGAGACUCAUUAAAGGGAUAAUUCUUUUAAGUGGGGCUGUACGAGGUACUUAACUUCAGUGUAUUACCUAAAGUAGAGGACGGUCGGCAUGCUGCUACUGCUGUGGACGGGGACAGCAGCAAAUAUAUCUUUGCAAACAUAAAAAAAAUGUGCUGUAUUUAGAAUACUUUACCUUGCUGUCAGACGUCCCUGUUUAAGUUUACUUGGGGAUUUAAAGCUGUUAUCUGUGCUCUCUUCAAAGCCACCACUCUACAGGUACAUCUCAAAAAAUUAGAAUAUUGUGAAAAAAAUUCCAUAUUUAUUGUCACUUAUUUCAGAAAGUGGAACUCGUAUAUUAUAUAGAUUCAUUACACAUAGAGUGAAAUAUUUCAAGACUGUAGUUCUUGUCAUUUCGAUGAUUAUGGCUUAGAGAUAAUGCAAACACAAAUGUCAGGCUUCUGAAAAGUCUCUUCAUUUCUAUGCAUCAAUACUUGGUUGGGCUCCUUUUGAAUCAUGAAUUACUGCAUUAAUACUUGGUGUCAUGGAGGAGAUCAGCCUACAGCACCAUGUUGCUUUUAUAGCAGCCUUCAGCUCAUCUGGUGUCUCUCACCUUCCUCUUGACAACAGCCCAUAGACUCCUAUGGGGAGUUUGCUGGCCAGUCCAGCCCAGUAACACCAUGGUCAUUGAAGCAGCUUUUGGUACCUUUGCCAGUGUGGGCAGGUGCCAAGUCCUGCUGGAAAAUGAAAGCAGCAUCUCCAAAGAGCUUGUGGAAGCAUGAAGACUCUAAAAUGUCCUGCUAGAUGGCUGCUAUGUUGACUGUGGACUUCAGAAAACACAGUGGACCAACAGCAGCAGAGGACAUGGCCCCAAACCACCACUGACCCAGGACCAGCAUAUUGAACUCUUUCACAAUAUUCUAAUGUUCUGAGUCACUGAGUUUUGGGUUUUCAUUAUUUCUAAGCCAGAAUAAUCAAAAUUACAACAAAAACAGGCUUAAAGUAUUUCACUCUAUGUGUAAUGAAUCUAUAUAAUGUAUGAGUUUCACUUUCUGAAAUGAUUGACAAAAAAUAUUGAACUUUUUCAUGAUAUUCUAAUUUUUUGAGAUGUGCCUGUAUAAUGACAAAAUCAGUCAUUUUACCUUUCAGAACACAGGAGUUACUGGUCUUCUUCCUCUGCCUUGAUCAGAUAGUUUGUUUGUGUUAAUGUGUGACUUUGGUGAAUUUAAAGUAACUCAUUAAAACACCAAAGUCACACACUAACACAAACAAACUUAUCGAGGCAGAGGAAGACCAGUAACUCCUGUGUUCUGCCAGGUAAAUUUACUGAUUUUUGUUGAAAAAGUCUGAUGGCAAUGAGAUAAAGCACAGAUCAAUAAUAUAGCUUCAGUUCCCCGUUGUUAAGAGCUGUCUGACAGCAACAUUAACCCUCUGGGUCCACUUGAAUUUACUAGCCUUCAGGUUGAAAAAUGUCCAUUUCCAAAAAAACGCGAUAAAAACUUUACAGAUUAAUAUUUUUUUCUGCAUAAACAUCUUAAACAGCUUCCACCCUGCUCAAAACUAUCAAAUGUUUACACAUUUUUGGCAUUUUAACCCUUUAAAUGCCACUUUGAUUGCACAAUGUCACUGAUGUUUUUUAUGGGGAAAAAACCCCACAAAAUGUACUGAUAUAUUUUUUUUCACUUUUGGUGUUAAAUUUUUCAAUCAACUUCAUUCCUGAUCAAAACUAUCAAAGAUUAAAAUAUUUAUAUUUAACAGUAAUAUUUUAUAGCGUUUUUUUGGAAGUGGACAUGUCUGAAAUCAAGUGGCCAUAAAGGGGUUUUUACAUUUUAAAUCUGACACUAAAAAAAAAAAUAAUGCAUCAAAAGCAAUUUUGUUUUGUUGUAAUCUUUGACAUAUUCCAAAACUGUGAUAAAAGCCAAUUCCCUAGCCAAAAAUGAUUUAUUAUAUGGAAAAUAACUACAUUUUUGUGUUUUUUUUCCUUUGGAAAAACAGUGACAUCGUGAUCAAACUCGCAUUUAAAGGGUUAAAAUCCUCAAAAUGAUUGAAUGUUUGGUCAUUUUUACAAGGCAGAAGUUGUUUAAGAGGUUUAUGCGGGAAAAAGUAGAAAAAAUAUUAAUUUUAAAAUGUAAAAUUUAAGUUUAAUAGCGUUUUGGAAGUGGACAUUUUCAGCCCGAAUGGUCUGAAAGGGUAGUAAAUUUGUAUACAGUGUAUUAUAGACCCAUUAGAAAAUUUUAAUUUUAAUUACAAAAUAUAUCAAGAAAAAAACCCUUCCAAAAAUCAUGCUAUUUGCAGUAUCACAGCCAAAAUGAUUGAAUGUUUGGUCAUUUUAACAAGGCAGAAGUUGUUUAAGAGGUUCAUGCGGGGAAAAAGUAGAAAAAAAAUAAUCUGUAAAGUUUUUAUAGCAUUUUUUUGAAACCUCCUUCCAAAAAUCAUGCCAUUUGCAGUAUCACAGCCAAAAUGAUUGCCAAAACAAAAUGAGAAAUGACAAAUAUGGCUGAAAAUGUCCCUAGUGAUACCAGAUGGUUAAGUGUAUGUAUUGUAAAUAAUACUUACAAAUCACUUAAAGUGAUUAUGUGUAUUUUAAAGGUGGGCUAAAAUACAUUUUGCUGCUGCCCGCUUCUCCAAACUUCUACUGUAGUUGACACACUGAGUAUGGAUAUACGCCUCAUACAACCCCACUUUAAUAAAUCCAAAUUAUCCCUUUAAAGGCCCCGUCAUCAUUCUCUAUGCAAUCAAAAUAAUGUUGCUUAUACAAGCGGCUGUCAAAACCCCUGAUACAACAUUUUUGAGGCAAAGUGGAUUUUGGCUUCUGCAGGAAUAACGGCGAUAAAGUCACAAGACUUGUAAAGUGAUUGAAAUAAUGUGGAGAAUAUAUUGUGAUGCUAAAUGGUGCUCUAAAAACCGCAAAUCACACACAAAUCACCUCAUCUGCUCAGUGAAUUAUUAUUAUGGCCUUAUUGUUUUCACUAAAUCAGUUAAAUCUGGUAUGAGCUUGCUACGUCUGCAUGUGUCCUGAGCUGAUCUCAUCCAUUUUAACGAGGGGCAAAAAGAGCAGCAGAUGACUCAGAAUCUGUUUUUGUUUUUUUUCUGUUGCUCUUGAUGUGUUGGAUUGUUUGGUCGAGUCUCUGAACAUUGCAUUGGAGGCAAGCUGGUUUUUAUUUUUCACGAGUUUUAGAUGGAGGAUACAAAAAGUAAAGAUACUGUUUGUCAGCUUUGACUGUGCCAUGUUGCUGCUGAGAGUCUUGUUUUUAAGUUUGGAAAUAAAGAAUGUACAUUCCCAUAAACUGGA